GGGAUCGCAUUCGUUCGUCGAGUACUCUACCAGUGCCCCACCCCAACAGUCAGCCCCCGACCCCCACACGCGUUGCCGGCACUGGAACUCAAUUCGAGUUCGAAGAGCGCGGGGAUGUCAUUAUGUUUUACAAUAACGUCUAUUUGCCUGAACUUACCGUUAAAUACAUAAUGAAAUUCUCGCCAAAUAUUUCCGAAUCGCCUCCACUCUCACCGUUGCCGCGACUCAACGCAAAUCCGAUGUCUCCCUAUCGACGAGUGUCUCAACGCUUUCCGCUGUAUAUCUCUCCCCUAAAGACAGCGAACUUCCCGCCGUCACCGUUGGCCGGCUACAGGAUGGCCAAGCUCUGUGAGAACUCUCCGACCAAAAGGCAGUGCACCGACACUAUGAACCGCAAGAUUCGAGACAUUGUUUCCGAGAGACAAAGCAUUGAAUCAAACGGUGCGCUCAACAAUAGUAACGGUAGCGCUGCAGACAAUAGCAAUGAC